AUGCCGCUCAGGGAGCACAUGAAAAGCCCUGCCUGCCGGCACCUCUUCAUCUUUACUCUCUCGCAAUUCGUAACGGCCUUCUGCUUGUUUGCCUACAUUCAGCUCUCCAAAGACCCAGGCAGAGAGCCCUGGGUUAGCCAACCCUCAACCUUCACCAUCCAGCCUGCAAACAACCCCACAAAUCCACAGUCUGGUUCGGAGCUGACCAUCCUGCUGUGGACCUGGCCCUUUGGGCAACAUAUUGCCCUGAGAAAAUGCUCCGAGCUCUUGGGCAUCCAGGACUGUCACAUCACGGUCAACCGCAGCUGGUACCUCAAGGCUGAUGCUGUGAUCGUACAUCACAGGGAUGUUUGCUCCAGCCCAAAGACAUUGCCCCAGGGCCCACGGCCCCUUUCCCAGCGCUGGAUCUGGUUCAACUUGGAGUCUCCCACCCACAGCCCUAACCUGGGCUUCAUGGAUAACCUCUUCAACCUGACCAUGUCUUACCGAAGGGACUCUGAUAUCUUCACCCCCUACGGGUGGCUGGAGGUCCUCAGCCAGCCCCAGAACUUCAGCAUCCCUGCCAAGUCCAAGCUGGUGGCCUGGGCGGUGAGUAACUGGAAUCCAGCCUCCCGCCGGGUGCAGUACUAUGAGGAGCUGAAGAAGUACAUCCACGUGGAUAUAUAUGGCAGCAAUCACAUGCCUCUGCCCCAGGACAAGCAGUUAUCCACCCUGUCCCAGUACAAGUUCUAUCUGACCUUUGAGAACUCGCUUCAUGAGGACUACAUCACCGAGAAGCUCUGGUACAAUGCCCUGGGCUCAGGGACUGUGCCCGUUGUCUGUGCCCCGCGAGAAAACUAUGAGCGCUUUCUGCCCCCCGAUGCCUUUAUUCACAUCAAUGACUUUCCCAGUGCUCAGGGGCUGGCUCAGUACCUUCAGGAGCUGGACAAGGACCUAGUGCGCUACCAGCGCUACUUCCAGUGGCGAACGUGGCUCAAACCAUCAGAGAGGACUUCCUGGGCCUUUCACUUCUGCAAAGCCUGCCAGGCCUUGCAAAUGAUACCGACCUACCAGACCAGGCCUGCUCUGUCCAAGUGGUUCAGCUAG